AUGGCGCUGGGACUGCGAGGUGGAGGAGGCGACGGUAGCGAGGUGAGGCAGGACACGACGAAUCAGGCGGAGAUGAUUUGGUCCGCGGACAAGCACGACGCGCAGACCUGCCGCGUGACGUCGAACCCGAGCCUCUGCCUCGAGCUGCUCCGGUCCAGCAACCGGAGCGACGGCGCCACGACGGUCCGGGAGCUCGCCGUCGUCGCGGUGACGGCCGCCAGGAGGUCGGCGCUCCGCGCCAGGAUGCGCGCGAUGGACCUGAGCCACGGAGCGGCGGGAGGAGGUGGGGCGGUAGCGGUGGCGGCGCGGUGCGUGGCGCUGUACGCGGACUGCCUCCGCGCCGGGGCGGAGGCGCUGGGCAGGGUGUCCACCAUGCGGGUGCACGACGCCCGCGCGGCCGGCGCCGUGAGCGCCCUGCGCAGGUUCCCGCGGAAGUGCGCGGGCCUCUUCCACGCGCGGAGGAUCGCGUCGCCGCUGGAGAAGGUGAGCAGGGAGACGGAGGAGAAGCUGGGCGUCGCGUCGGAGAUCGUUCGCCUGUCGCGCUAG